CACACGAAAACCCUUAUUUUUCUCUUUGAUUUCCAUUAAUCCUUGAAUUUGCUCGGAUUGGUUGAAGCUCUUUAGAACAUGCCAUGUCUCCUUUUAUUCCUUUGGUUUGCCUAAUAUUGAGAUUAUGUGAUAUUGGUGAUCUAGGGUUUUAACUGGGCCUAUAACUUGUUGACUCUGGGGAGCUUAAAGGGAACGCUUUAGCAAAAAUGGCUUCUUUGUUUAAGGACCUAAGCAAGCUUUCUGCAUAUAAAGAUAGAAAAUUUCCUGGAAAUCAAGAGGAAUUUGAGCAUGCACUCCAAGUCUCCACAACUGUUUAUGUUGGCAAUACAUCCUUCUACACAACUGAAGAGCAAGUUUAUGAACUGUUUGCUCGAGCUGGGGAGAUUAAGAAGAUAAUCAUGGGAUUGGAUAAGAACACUAAAACACCAUGUGGAUUUUGCUUUGUCGUAUACUAUUCAAGAGAAGAUACCGAAGACUCUGUAAAAUAUAUAAGUGGAACUAUUCUCGAUGACCGUCCAAUACGUGUUGAUUUUGAUUGGGGUUUCCAAGAAGGUAGGCAGUGGGGUCGUGGUCGAAGUGGAGGCCAGGUCCGAGAUGAGUAUCGCACCGAUUACGAUCCUGAUAGAGGAGGUUAUGGAAAAUUAGUACAGAGGGAGCUCGAGGCACAGAGGCAGUUGGUAGAUUAUGGUGCAGGAUCUUUGGGCUCCUUUCAAACAGCUAUCCCUUCUUAUGGUAGACAUGGUGGAGACGAUCAUGGCAAUUCACAUCGCUAUCAUAGGGAUUCCGGUCGUAAAAGGCAUCGGGAAGAUGAUCGACCUGCUCCUGAGAUAUCCAAGAGAACAUCUGACAGAACAUCCGACCAAGAUUCUAGGCUGGAGAAGAAUCCCCGUUUCCGAGAGAGCGGAGACUCAGAUGAUGAUGAUGACGACCGUGGUCGACGGCGUUAAGGCACUUCUAGUAGCGUUAUUUUAUUUUAUUUUUUGUAUGAUUAAAGGUACAUUUUGUUUUGGUCUCUUUUUCUUGUUUACUUCUACAUUGAUUGAUGAGCAUCUCCUAAUUUUGAACAGAAGAUUUUUAUAGACCUCUGGAUGUGAGAAAUUGAGCAUCAGUUGAACACUCAGUUGACUAAAAUGCCACUGUUUUAGAUUGAACAAUUGAAAAUAAGAAAAUUGAUGACCUUUUUUUUCCUUU